AUGCGUGCGAGUCGUCGCAAAAAGAAGUUCCAGAAACCAGGCUCCAUGGAUCUCUGCAUCACCAUUAAAGGAGUCUCGUUCCUCCUUCAAUCAGGGCUGGGAGUUCUGGGUAACCUGUCUGUGCUGAUGGCAUACGCUCAUAUUGCUUAUGUAGAGUCGUAUCUACUACCCGUGGACAGAAUUCUAGCUCACCUGGCUUUCAGCAACCUGCUGCAACUACUGACACGUAGCGUGCCACAGACAGUGGACAUCUUCGGCCUACGCAACCUGCUGGAUGAUCCGAGCUGCAAAGUGGUGGUCUACACACACCGCAUCCACCGCGCCCUCUCCAUUUGCCUGACCUGCAUGCUGAGCGUCUUCCAAGCACUCACCCUCACACCAUCAGCCGGGCCACACCUGACAAAACUAAAAUCUCGACUCUCACAGCUGGUUGUGCCCACCUUUGUAAGUCUGUGGCUUCUCAUCAUGAUUGUAUGCAUCCCUGUUCCACUUUACUCCAUGGCACCUCAGAAUGGCACCGUGCCUCCCUUUACCCUCAACCUCGGCUUCUGCCAUGCCAGAUUUCCUAAUAGCCAGUCAUAUGUGGCGGUUGGUGCUGUCUUCUCAACAACAGACUUUGCCUUCGUGGCCAUUAUGCUAAUGUCCAGCGGCUACAUCCUUGUCCUCCUGCACAAACACAGCAAGCAGGUCAGGUCCAUUCGACGCACUCAGCAAGGAACCUCCAUGGAAAUUCGAGCAGCUAAGAGCAUUGUCAUGCUGGUGGUGCUGUAUACUGUGUUAUUCGGCAUUGAUAACGUGAUCUGGAUCUACAUGCUGACCGUGGCCCAGAUCCCGGCUAUGGUGGUGGACAUGAGAGCAUUUUUCUCUGCCUGCUAUGCCACAUUCAGUCCUUUUCUCAUGAUAAGCACCAAUAAAAAGAUAAAGGAAAGGAUGGUGUGUGCAGCUGGUAAACAGUCGGCUGAGGAGCAAAAUGUUAAAUGA